UGGCUGGAACAGCCCUCAAGGUUGACGGUUUUGGCCACCUUGGGCUCUGCAGCCUCGAUCGAAGGUGACACCAAUUAUCGUCGCGAUGUCCAGGUAGCCGUGGACGCACAUCACCUGUGUCCUUGCAUAGUUCGCGCCGAGUGUCCACGAGUGUUGGGAUCAAAGCCGGAGGACGUUUUGCUCGGUCCGUUUCCACCUUGCGAAAUUAAGGACACGGUGAGGUGCUGCGGAGUAACGACGAGCCUCUUCGUCCAGCCUUCGACGUUCGAGAAUCCGCCUUCCGGCACCGUGUAUCCGGUCCGGGGACGACUUCCGGGAUACCUGGGGCAAAGGUCGCAGGCCGAGUUCACGAGGUCUGGAAGCGAGGUUCGAGAAGGAGUCGCGAAGAGUCUGCUCAGGGCCGACGAAGAGACGAGGGAAUAUUACCUGGAGGAUGAAUUCAGCGACGAGGGCUCGGAGGCCGAUAGACGAACCGAUGGUUAUGAACGGGGGACAAAUAUCGACUCGGGUAUUUCACAGACCGAUGCCUCGCUGGCCUCCGAUUUCCUUGACUAUCGAGGCGUUAGUAAAUACCCAACGACAGGCGAGGAGGAUUAUGGGGAGCGAACUACUAGUGCAACUGACCAUGGAAGAGGACAGCAACGCGGUGAAAUUUCAUCGUCGGAGAAAAGCAGCUUGACGUCGACUUCGUCGGCAUCAUCGAGCGUUGGAAAAAUCGAGCGGGUUGUAACGAGGAAGAAAGAAACUGCCGAGAGGUCGACUCAAGUGCAGGGUGAAAGCCUCGUUGAGCUUUCACAUGCCGACGGGCGAGAGACGCUGGGGUCGUUAGAUGGUACAGAGAUAAUUCAACCCCCGGAAUUGACGGAGUCGGAAACAAAAGGACUCGGUGUAAUUCCCGCGACAUUAAACGCGACUGCACGAGAAAUUUCGACGAACGAAGCAGCGGUUGGAACAGCGGGAAAGAAGAGCUCGGCUAUUUAUGAGCAGCAAUAUAUUGCUGACGAGGAUUCGUGGGAAACUUAUGAUUAUGCGGAUGAUACCAAGCAGCUUGAGACGCGUGAAAGCGCUGAAACGACGCUUAAGGAUCACCGAGAGACUUCGAGCCUUGGACAGCAGGAAAGCGCCAAAGUCACAAAAGAAUCUUCCAACUUUGAGGAAGGCAAUUUGUCCACUUUAACUGGGAAUGACCAGCAGCAACUUACCGGGAGCACGAAACCGAUAACGCAGAUUUCACGGACGAAAAUAGAGAGCCAAGCAACUGAUGAAUCGGUAUACGAUGAACUUGGUGAGAUGUCGCGUCAGCAGACAAGCGAAUCCCAGACGAAAGAGUCUUCGAAUAUCGAAGGAAGCUCAUCUUCGAGCUCUAAAACCGUGGUAACAAACGCCAGAGACACAACAGACAAAGCCGUAAACUCGGAAACAUUCAGCGUAAGCUCAGAAUCAGUUCCUAAAAUUCUAAUAUCUACAACGUUCAGAAGACGGAAACUUGUACCCAAAGUCUCUACUACAUAUGGAGAGAACAAAGAAACAUCUCAGCAAAGUAGUCAAUCGGUGGCAAAAGAGUCUUCGAAGGUGGAAAAAAUUACGUCCAACUCUCAAAGUGUAGCAACGAACCGUGAAGGAGCGAUUGAUGCCGACGUAAACUCGGAAGACUCUGACGUAACAUUGGGACAAGUUUCAACAUUCCGACGACCAUCAUUGCUCAGAAGGCCGUCUGUUGGUUUGAUAGGUGACACAUCUUACGUGCAACGGGAAGAGACGGCUUCUCAACAAUCUAGUGAUUCUUCCAAAACAGAGUCUUUGAAGGUGGAAGAAACGAAGUCCAAAUCUCAAAGUAUAGCGUUUAACCGUGAAGGAGUGAUUGAUGCGAACGUAAUCUCGGAAGACUCUGAUGCGAGCUCUGAUGUAACAUUGGGACAAGUUUCAAUAUCCCGACGACCACCAUUGCCCAGAAGGCCGUCUGUCGGUUUAAUAGGUGACACAUCUUACGUGCAACGGGAAGAGACGGCUUCUCAACAAUCUAGUAAUUCUUCCAACACAGAGUCUUUGAAGGUGGAAGAAACGAAGUCCAAAUCUCAAAGUAUAGCAUUUAACCGUGAAGGAGUGAUUGAUGCGAACGUAAACUCGGAAGACUCUGAUGCGAGCUCUGAUGUAACAUUGGGACAAGUUUCAAAAUUCCGACGACCAUUAUUGCCCAGAAGGCCGUCUGUUGGUCUAAGAGGUGACACAGCUUACGUGGACCGGAAGGAGAUAUCCUCUCAGGAAUCAAGUGUCUUGUCCAGAACAGAGUCUUCGAAGGUGGCAGAAAGUACAUCUUCGAACUCUCAAACCGGGACAGCAAGCCGGCAAGAUUUAUCAGAGAAAGAUUUAAAAUCAAGAGACCUUGACACAAAUCUGAAACCACUUGUAGAAGCUCAGAGACCAGUACUAUCAGGAAUACCUAGUCUCGGCAUGAGAGGUGACAUAGUCUACGGUGAAUUGAAGAAGACCUCUUCUCAGCAGAAAAGUGAAUCUCUGAAUGAUGUAUCCUCGAAGGAAGAAAAAAUUGAAUCUUCGAACGUCAAAAGUGUCUCCACAAAUACCGAAAACCAAACAAACGAUAGGUCAAACUUGGAACUUAAGGUCGGAACUAUCACAAAGCAAUCUGAUACAAAAACGGUUAGCAAAACUAAGUUGAACUCGAAAUCAGAAAGUUCCACUUCGAUGGAACGUGAAAAUUUUGCAAAAAAAUCAUCGGACACGUCGACAACUUCAACCGAGUCAAACCUAAUAAAUGUAAUCACUGGGAAACCAGUGAUAAUGAUUACUGAUAAUCCCAUCAGUUGGGAAACCGCGGGUCAAGCCUACUACCCCGUCCUGAUCAACGCCGGUUUCCUUAAAGACCGCCCAGUAUCAACUGGACUGGUGGGUCUAGACCCUCUGUCCGGCGUCACUCACAGUGACUUACGUGAUUCAGAGGUGGCUGCGGAAUUGCUACCUUUGAGUUGCGGAAACGUGAUAUUCGGUGAGCGGAACACGGGCGGAAAGAUGCUUUUGUGCGACCUUCCCCGUCCGGGUGACAAACCCUAUCAAUUUUUGAGGGGUGACACGAGCACUAUCAGUCCUGAAAAAUUAAACGGCCCAGAUUUACCCGGGGUGAUUUUACCCGGAACAGGUUUGAACGCGAAGGACGAUGAAAUACCAUAUAAUCCCAUGUUUCUAGACGCGGAAAAAAGUAUCAACCAAAAACCUGCUAGAAGAAGGAUUAUCCUCAAACGACCGAACGCGGCACGCACAGAGUUUAACGUGAAUGAAGACAUACGCGAGGUUGGAUCCAAACAAGCCGCUAUGGAGUCGGUGUCGACGUCGUCAUCCACCGUGAAAAAGGCUUCGUCGCUAGAGGAGUCCACAUUCUCCCCAAGCUUUGGGAAAGAAAUAACUAAAUCGAAGUUCGACGUGUCCUCAGCCGAAGAUUCUAACGCCGAAGGAGCAAAGGGUGCUCUGAAUUCCAAGUUCUACUCGUUGUCUCAGGAGCCGAUCCGCCCUCAUCCAGUGACCCGUGAUUCAUCAACAGCCGCGGAGAAAGAGCCAACAGCUAUCGUCGAAGUUGUCGACUCGGCGCCGUCAACGGAGACCAAAAUCAACUUGAAGAGACUGAGAGUCUCAUCGUCGGACGACAAACUGCCUCGCAACGACCUCGAGGUCCUGAAUAUAAAGACUUCUGAAGACAACGGUGCUAACGUGGAAGAGGAGCGGUUCGUACGACCUGCAGAAACUACCAGACGCCGGAGGCUCAAGUUCAAUAGGCUUCCCGGACGCGUUCAGAGGGCAGUGAUAUCUCCCGACGACAUUUCGAUGUCCGGUAGAAUCAACGUAGUCGGCCCAAUCCCCGCGGGGUAUAUAGAUCCCGCUUUGAUCCGUGAAGACGAAAUCGGUAUCGAGCUCCCGAGACAACACGUUACCAGUUCCUUUCAGCUUCUGAACAUUGAACGCCAACAGGAGGCCAGAAAUCAUGGAUGUAACGCCUUCAAACCAUCGCCAGUUGAUCCCAUAAAUUGGCCCAAGUAA